CUCUUCCCGCCUCCUCCCUCCCUCUGACCUCCUCCGGCGGCUCCUUCUCCUUGUCUCCCCGGACUCUCCGCUCCAUCAUGGGCUUCGGUGACCUGAAAACCGCCUCCGGUGUCAAAGUGCUCAAUGACUUUCUGUCGGAGCGCAGCUAUAUCGAGGGGUUCGUCCCCUCUCAGGCCGACGUGGCCGUCUUCGAGGUGAUGUCGGCCUCGCCCCCGGCUGACCUGUGCCACGCCCUCCGCUGGUUCAACCACAUCAAGUCGUACCAGGGCCAGAAGAGCAGUCUUCCAGGUGUGAAGAAACCUCUGGGUCAGUACGGCCCAGUCGGCGUGGCCGACGCCACCUCCGCCGCCGCUUCAAAGGACGAGGACGAUGACGACAUCGACCUGUUCGGCUCCGACGAGGAGGAAGACGCAGAGGCCGCCAGGCUGAAGGAGGAGCGACUGGCCGAGUACGCCGCCAAGAAGUCCAAGAAGCCCACCCUCAUCGCAAAAUCUUCCAUCCUAUUGGACGUGAAGCCGUGGGACGAUGAGACAGACAUGUCUAAACUGGAGGAGUGUGUCCGCAGUAUCCACAUGGACGGGCUCGUUUGGGGACAGUCCAAACUGGUCCCGGUGGGUUACGGCAUCAAGAAGCUGCAGAUUGGCUGCGUGGUGGAAGACGACAAGGUGGGCACAGACCUGCUGGAGGAACACAUCACGGCCUUCGAGGACUUUGUCCAGUCGAUGGACGUCGCAGCAUUCAACAAGAUCUGAAACUGCAAACCUUUCACAAUAAAAGCACUUGAGCACAA